CAGAAGACUCUGUCUCAGUGCAAACAGCAGAAAAUCAAGGGGAAUGCACACGAGUUGAGCAGUACUACUUGCAAAGAACUUCGUUGGUGCAACGGUCUCAUAUCCCUUUCGUUGUAGUUAUUAGAUAAACUGCCGUGCUAUAUACGUAUUUAGCGGUAUUUCUUCCGCCGUACAAUGUUCAAAGGCAGUACAGGCUGCUGCUUCCGGCUUCUAUUAAGCCUAUGUCUUCUGCUAUCUCUCACGAACUGCGGCUCUGGGGCCUUUCCUGGUCACGGCAACCAUAGGGAAGUGGCGGCUAACCAGCUGAUGGAAACAAAUUCAAGCCUACAGAGUCCUUUCCAUCAAUUAACGAGACGGCGGCAGGACGAAGCUGCCGCGGAAGACGCACCAGCUGAAGAAAACGCGCCUGCAGAGGGUGAUGCAGAGGGCGAUGCAGCCGCGGAAGACGCACCAGCUGAAGAAGACGCGCCUGCAGAGGGUGAUGCAGAGGGCGAUGCAGCUGCUGAAGAGGCACCCGCGGUGGAAGAGCUGUACGAUGGGCCGACAAUGUUAAAGGUUACUAUCACGCUCAGGGGACCCAAGGAAGAGUUUGAUCGAUUCGAGUUUCGAGAACAGCUGGCAGAGACCAUAGGCGGAGAUGAGAUAGGUAUCAAGGUAUCCAAUUUCUUGGCCGCGGGGACCGUGCAGACGAAGGCUAUCACGCGCAUGAGUCCAGAUAACAAGGACUUGCUGAAUAAGGCUCGUUUUGAUCUGGUCAUGCAGGAGAAGCUGUACAAUAUCAAAGUCGCGCGCUACCUGAUAGAGGGUGAGAAGACCGUGACCAUACCCGCCCCCGCUGUCCAGGAGACAGAGGCAGCUGCGACCAAUGGCACGGCCGAAGAUGUUGGGGGUGAGGAUGGGGGUGAGGGUGGCGACAACACGACCAUGUACAUUAUCAUUGGGGUUGUGCUGGGAGUGGUGUGCUGCUGUUGUUGUUGUCUGGUGUGUGUUUGUGUGGUGCUUAGCCGGCGCCGUGCGAAGACCAAGAAGACAGCCACGCUGCAACACGCACAGGCGCAGAGGCAAAAGCAGCUACAGAUCCAACAGCAGCAGGAGGAGCUGAAGAACGCGAAGGAAGAGGAGGAAGAACAGAACGUCAUGUACGAGAGUUAUGGCCCAGGCGACUUUGGGCAGAUGGGGGGUGGUGGCUAUAACCAGAGCAUGUACGGCGGCGCAGCUCCAAUGGGCCAAAGCAUGUACGGACAGCAGCAGGGCAUGUUCAACAACUCGAUGUACAACCCCGUACAGUCUAUGGCGCCUGCGUCGCAGAUGUCUUUGUAUGGUGGCCCGGGUGGUUUCGGCAGCCAGUCUCUGUACGGCAUUAAUCAACAGUCCACUAUGUCGUUGUAUGGAGGACCCCCUGCGCCUGCGGGCGGUUCGAUUUAUGGCGCUUCCGUAGCAGCUCCCGUACUAGCCCCCACAGUAGCUGCCGCAAAACCCUACCAAAACAAGUUUGCAGCGGCGUCGGAUAAACCAGUUGAUAUCGUCGUGGAGAAUAAGGGUAAUAUUAUAACGUCAGGUAACGGCAGGACUGUGAAACUUGGGACCGGCAAUAUCAUUGACAUGCGUGGCCAAGCAUCCAGUGAUCAGAUCAGCGCGUUGUUAAAACCAAGAAGCUCCCGUUCAAAGGUGUAGAUGGAGCGUUUGUACAUACAGGGUGUAUUGGUGCCAAAUCCACACAUAUGCUGCAUUGUAUAUGCGGGGCAUAGUCGCCAUCAUUCAAGGCCGAACGGUGAUAUGCAUGGGAAUGUACACGUGCAAAUUAGCUUCCAUGGGGUUCUAUGCACAUGCCCAGUCACCGUGUCUAUAUCCACUGUUUGUGUGAGCGGAUACCUGGCCAUAGUAAACCCUUGCUUGGUGUGUUACCGUAUGGAUGGGGUAUGCGUGAAGUCCUUCUGCCGUGAAUUGGUGGAGUGGGCGGUCGAGGGUGGACGGAGAUACUUAGAGGCUCUUGCAAUCUCCGCUUUCAACGGCAUUGGCAGAUGGGCAUGAGAUGCUUGUACAGUAUUGCUCGUGUUUAGCCUUUUGAGAUGUAGCACCGCACAAGACAUGAGAAACGAAGAUAGAUUACACUGGAGGGCUGUUCCGCGUGAUAACAAGGCAACAUCAACAGUUUUUAGUCCUGUAGCAAAUUUUUCCGUG